CCCCAAACCUCCCAAACUGUAAUUCCCGGCCAUCGGAUUUAGUCAUUUAGCGGUGAGGAAAAGUGACGGGGCUGGCAUUAGAGAUAACGCAGGCGCCCUGAGGCUGCCGGCUGGCGCGGAAGGACCGUCGGCGACGUCACCAGAGGGCGGGCGGUGGCGGCCACCGGCCUCGGGCCUCGGGCCUCGGGAUGGCGCCUCUCUUCAUGCCGAGCGGGGCGGCGGCCGUCAGUUUCCGGGGCUACACCCUCGUCACGCCAGUUGUUUCUGUGGGCAAUGUUGGCCAGUUAACAGUGGAUCUGAUCAUUUCUACACUCGGUCUGCCACGGGUCGGUUAUAUCCACAGUGAUUGCCUUGUUCCAGUGGUGGGAAACAAUCCAUAUGCAACAACUUUAGAGAAUUCUGCAGAGAUCUGCACCAGCUCUGAGGUUUAUGCAUCGACAGACCAGAAGUUGGCAGUCCUUCAGAUUCGAUCACCAAUUGUUCAGGGAAAACAACGCUCAUUCCGACAACAGCUCCUUUCAUGGAUUAAGGAAAGUGAAUUCAGCAGGGUUGUAGUCUUGUCCAGCAGCUAUGCACAUCACCGUGUUGACCAGCAGCUCGUUGGCACUCCACUACGAUAUCUGGCAACACCUGCUCUGCUGAGCGUUGUGGGAGACAAGUUCCAGACCCUCAAAUGGAAAGAAAUGGAAAAGGUACCAGCUUUCCCAGGAAUCAGUGAGGUGGAAAUGGAGCUCUCUGUCCCAGGAGGAGGGAUCACAAAAUCACUCUAUGCUGACAGUUGCACUGAAGGCAUCCCAUUGGCAGUGCUGCUUAUUUUCUGUUCCGAAGGGGAUAAUAUUCCAGAUGCAUUGAACCUUCUCAACUUCCUGAAUGAGUGGAUCCAGUUAAUAGAAAAAACAAAUGAUAGGCAACCCAUGACUCAGCAGCAGUGGAAGAUUCCAAGUUCCUGGCAAUUACUGUUUGGCAGUGGCAUUCCGUCAGCUCUCUUCUGAUCUCACAGAUCCAAGAAGUUGAAUGUGGAUUGCCCUUUAAAAUGGUGUGGUAUUUUCAGGACAAAAGACUUUAAAUUAUCUAUUGUGAGUACUUCUCAGCAGAAACUUUGCUGCUAUGUUUAGAAGCUGUGUGAACAGAUGAUACAGUUGAAGGGGUGAUGUUCACUAAAUGCUCAGUAACUUGCAAAUGAGUUGUGCAAGAGAGGGGUUUUAAGUACUGACCAUUAUUGCUGUGUACUUUUGUGUGAAUUUGUUCUGUUGCUUUGGUCUUUGAUUUAAGAAAUAAAAUAUUUUUGAUGCCAAAGA